AUUAUAAACGCUUGAAACGUGAGCGCGAAAUUUCGGUUGGUUUGAGAAGGAGCAAAAACAGUCCUCUUUUCUUAUCUCCAUUGUUUUUAACUACUUCUAGGGUUUUAAUCUUCUCCGGUGGCCGCCAUGGAAGAUGUUCGGUCUACCACAGCUUGGGUCGCUACUCACUCCUCUCAUGUUACCGUUGAUUUCACAGGCAUUGAGAAGGUCGCUGAAAAUAUGAAGAACUCACUACCAAAAGUGGAGUGGGAUUUUGAAGGGAUUCACUAUUUUGAUAAUGGUCCACUUACUGUUCAGUAUUUGCUGGUGUUGGAUACAUUGAAUUUCUGUUUCUGGCCAGACGAGGAGAUGAGUUAUGAUCAUCUGGCAUCUGGAUUAAAGGUUACUCUUGAAAGUGACAAAUCUGCAUUUGAUGCUGAUCGUCUUCAGAAAUAUACUGGUCCUCAAUUAAGGAAAAUGUUGAACUGGUCAAGACCAUUGCCUUUGGAGGAUGAACGGGUGCGCUUAUUGCAUGAGGUUGGGCUUGAGCUUGAGAGGAGCUUUGAGGGAAAGGCAUCUAAACUUGUGGAGUCCUGUGACAACUCUGCUGCAAAACUUGUAUCUCUUAUGACACGCCACUUCCCUGGCUUCCGUGAUCACACGGUGUACAAAGGCCACCAGAUUUUCUUGUAUAAAAGAGCUCAAAUUUUUGCUGCUGAUUUGUGGGGUGCAUUUAAGGGUCAAGGAUACGGUGAUUUUGAAGACAUAACCUCAAUAACCAUAUUUGCUGAUUAUAUUGUUCCAGCUGUCCUUCAGCAACUUGGAGUGCUGAGAUAUCGUUCUUCCCUGGAUAAUACUAUCAAGAAAAAUACUGAAAUUGUCUCAGGCAGUGAGGAGGAAGUAGAACUCCGAGCCUGCUCUGUUUAUGCUGUGGAGAAAAUGAAGGAGUUGAUCAGUAAAAAGACUGGGAAGCAGGUGUUGAGUGUGGAACUGGAUCUCUGGUUAUGGGCUUUUGGCAUACAAUGCCCAUCUCUUCAACACCAUCGGACACUCUCGAUCUAUUAUUGACUAUAGAAAUUAAGCUCCAUUUCCAUUGCAGUCUUGCAUACAAAUGAUGGUUUUGGUUUUGGGAUUUUGACAUUAACAUGUGUAGAUGUAAUAGUACAGAAAUUAUACAGGAUUAUUUUCUCCUCCUAGUGGUGAAUUUACUUUUUUCAAGGAAUUCAAAGGUUGAAUAUCAGUUUAUGCAGUACCUAGUA